GAUCGACGUCGAACCCGCGCUCCUGCUCCGCGAUCGCGCGUCAAUCUCCGACGCUUUUCGCGACGUCUUUCUUAAAUCUCGACGUAUCUCGAAGAAUCGUCUCUCUCUCUCUCUCUCUCUCUUGCUUUUUUUUCUCCCAUCUCCUCAAAACGAAUUAUCCCUCUUCUGAUUAAAUCAACGAUAUGAUAAUCUCUCUCUGAAAUAUUAUCGGGACUUUGUGAUACUUCAGAAAGAGAUGGGUGGAGAUUAACAAAAAAAAAGGAGUGAAAAAACGAUAUGGACCAAAAGUGAUACGUGGACACGACGCGGGAUAUAUAUACCUGGGAAUACGGAAUACGUAAACUCACGCUCGGAAUUUCGGAAGAGAUUAAUCGCCGCGAUGUCAACACCGUGCGAUGUUCGCUACGGCGCGCGGAACCGCGAUCCAGCGAUCCAAUCCAGCGAUGUCGUGCCACGACACAAGUCGACGAUUGAAAAGCUUGGACAUUUAAGUAGAACAAAAGAAAGAAAGUUGUUAGUCGACGAGGGAUUGGUGACAGGGAUCGAACGAUGAAAAGAGUGCUGGUGAAUGAGGACGCGAGGGACGCACGACAGCUACGGUGGCGGCUUUGAAGCGGGUUUGAACGGGCCAGCCGGAAAAAUAUGGUGCACGAGGGCACGGGUCUAUGGCACGCAGCGGGAUUCAACGCAUCGAGGUGGCUGAUGAUCAUAAUACACGGAUACCGAGCCACCACCCUCAUUCUGUACGUCCUGCUCAACGUAUUGGUGCGCACUGAAUAUCCUGCGGCAGUAACGGCGGAAAUAGUCGAUGUUAAUAUAAAUGUUAACAUAAAUUCGUUGGAUGGCACAACUGGGAGACCGUUGGACGUCGAUUUGCCACCAACUUUGCCAAUGACCUUCGGCACGGAAAAUACAACAUCAAUUUCGGCGCAAUCAGGAUCCACAGCCCUGAUGCCUUGUGUUGUCCACAAUUUAGGAGAAGGCACGGUGUCGUGGAUCAAGCGAAAGAACGUACAGGAGUUACUGACUGUAGGACUGACGACGUACGCCAACGACGAGCGGUUUCAGGCAAUUCACUUCCACCACAGCGAGGAUUGGACCCUUCAAAUAAAAUAUGUCCAACCGAGGGAUGCAGGACUAUAUGAGUGCCAAGUGUCUACUCAUCCACCCACGAGUAUAUUUCUGUUGCUUGACGUCGUCGAAGCCAGAACGGAGAUAGCCGGGCCGGUGGAGAAAUUCGUGAGGCCGGGCAGCACGCUGCAGCUGCAUUGUCUGGUGAAAAAGUCGACGGAGACGCCGUUAUACGUCUUCUGGUACCACAAUUUCCGUAUGAUCAACUACGACGUCGAUCAAGGCGUCAACGUGAGCACCGAUCUCGCAAAUCGGGAGAGCUGGCUGGAGGUGCCAAGAGCGUCCGACCGUCAUUCGGGUAAUUACACUUGCGAGGCCAACAACGCUCAACCAGCCCGUGUCCUGGUGCACGUCUUCAAAGGCGACAAUCCAGCGGCUAUGCAGCACAGCAUGGCGUCGUCGCCGUCGAUGAUGGCUUGCACCGCUUUGCUCACCAUGUUCGUCACGCUUAAGCUGGCACUGCAGACGAACUGGACCUUGUGACGUGCGCGAGUGUAAAGACUAGCUCCCGUGCGUGUUGGAAUCCGAAAUGUGUGUUAGCGAAAUUGUGUAAUGUCGUCAUUUAUCGUGUCUCAUCCUUUCUCGCGGAUUGUAUUGUGCAAGGAUGUGAGUGCCCUAGUUCGCUCGCCGAACUUGUAGAACGGCGGCAUAGUCAUGGUGUUUCCAGUUGAAGACGCAUCGUUGUUAUUGAUAUCGGUGACAUCGAAACUCUCUUCGAGCUGCGAGAUUGCCUGUGAUUGAUUACUAUCCCUUCAGAUCAUCAACUUUGCGCAGUAUCGAACAAAAUACGGUUUCGAGCAGCUGUGAUCAUUUGCGCCAUUCGAGCCAUUUAGUCCAUCCUACGCGCGUUUAAUUACAAUUCAAUGAGGGAUAUGUAACAAUGCAGCAUGCUAAUGCAAAGCAGGAUAUCAUCACCGCAAGAUUAUUAAUGAUCGAUUAUCAUCUGUUAGUCUCUCUCCGUGUGUAUCAAUGAAAAUUUCGCAAUUUAGGAGAUAUCAUGCCUCAAAUAGAGAUUGAUAUAAUAAAAGUAUCGUAAUAGCUCACCUGUUCGCGCACGUAAUUGAACGGUUAUCUGUCGGACCAAAAAAGUUCAAUCCUAUCCUGGAAUAAAGUGCCAUCAUAACUUUCAGAUGAAUCACACUAUAUCAUCCGUUCUUCUAUCGAUCGAUCGCUUACAUUCCGUGUCGCAUGUUGGAACGAGAAAUAUUAGGUCGUAAUGCAGAGGCAGAUGGUAUCGAAAGAGUGCUGGAUUAACUCCCGCUAAGAUAAUAUUCACGAUCGAUCGAUGUCUACGAUUCGCGUGCACAUUCGAUGGAACAAAAUUAACGUUAAUACAAACGAAGACAGCCUCAUCAAUUCUCUCUUUCAGUAGCUGAUACGAAGAGUUCGAUAAACGCUCCGCAUAUCGACUUCGAUGAACUGGAAUUUUUAUCGCGCGUGAGCAUGAAUAAACGUACACGUAUACGAAUGAAAAUUGUUAGAGAGAGAGAGAGAGAGAGAGAGAGAGACCCUGAUUUAUUUACGCUCAUCGGACAACUUAUGUAAUUAAGCGUUAAGUUUAAAAUGGUAGAAACAAAAUCACACGCGCGAUAUAGAUACUUUAUCGAGAGUGCUCGUUCUACUUAUGGCGCGUGUGAAAGUAAGAUUGAUAACACGGGUCGGAACUAUUCGUGAUACAUCAAACCACGAUGCGUGAGCAUCAACGAUCGCCAGCGACGGAUGCAUUAAAGUAACGUCGAUGAUACAUUCGCCGUCACGACGCAGCAUCGUUAAUCGUUCGAUGCUGUUAGCUGCUUUGUUCACGUCUUGACAGGUGCCAUAAAUACAGCAAGAUGGAAGAAAUACAGCUCCGAAAAGUUACGAAAGUAACAUCUUUCCUCACGGACGGCCUAAGAUGCUUUACCGGCAAAAAGACUUUAACGAGGAUUAACGAACAUCUUAGAGUGUGAUAGUAUUUCCGAUGUGCACCGAGCUUGAUGAGUGGUAAACGGUGGACAUAAGUGAAAGUAAUGUCGAAACUUAAACAAACAAACAAACUCAACUUGCUACUAUGUGUUCUAUAGAAUGGCUCUUUGCAAGCCGAGCGCGCAUGCAAGUGAACAUCUAUUAAGUGCUCCAGGAUGUGAAACUAUCGUGCCAAAUUUCUUUUAUAAUUCAAAGUUUAUUGAAAGUCAAGUUUAAGAAUUCUUCAGACUUAAACCGUUUGCAUCGAUCAAUAAAGUAUGUUUGUAUUUGUGAGAAAAUUAUUUCCAAUAAAAUUCAAUCCGAUAAUUUCAUCGGAAAUUACGUUAAAAUUUUUGCAUAAAUUCUUUAAUUACAGUGUUGCUGAUUAUACAUUCUUCUAUUUCAAUUUCUUUGAUUAAAAUUUAAUAAUUUAACAAAUCGUUAUUGAUAUGUGAAAAUAUAGGUAUUAAUAAAUUAAAUAUAAGUCUUUCUCUUUCUCGCAUUGAAUAAAUAAUGAAAUAUAAUUAAACUUGUUAAUUUUGAAUGUAACAAUCAUAUUAUAAUGUUUUUGGAAUAUGAUGCGUACUAUAAAAUUAAAUUUCAUAUUUAUUAUUAAAUAGAUUUUUAAACGAAAAGAAAUUAAGGGCAUUUAUAUGUGCAAAAAUCUUAAUCGUAAAGAUCAAUUUGCAUCUUUCAAUAAUCAAAGACGAUGCGAUCGGCUUAAGUAAUGUUAUGCAUAAUUAACGACGAUAAAAUAAGUGCAGUACAAUCACAUGUCGCGUUUAUUUCAUCUUUGCAUAAUUCAAAAAAUAGACGCAAUGCUCGUUCAAUAUUCAUCGUUACUGCUUCGUUCGAGAAAUUCGAAGAAGAAUCGCAAGGUUUCUUUUUCUAAUGCGCAAGUAAUACUCUUUUACGCUCCUCAACGAGCAUGUACUCGAGCGACAAACUGUCCGACGUGAUUGAUGUUACAAGCAAGAGUGCGGUGCACGUGCUUUCCCGAUAAUGAAACGAUAAUUGUUUAAUCGGUCUACGACGAGUGUCACAAUUAGCGACGAUAUUUCCAGUCCGCCGCACCGCCAUUUCGCCGGCAUAAUUUUCCGUAAUUUGCCCGGAUGCGACCUUGCUCCGAAAAGCAGAGCAAGCUGCUAACCUUGCACGCGUGCAUCCCUCCGAUUGAAAGUGCAAGCGCUGGCUGUCGAUAAUCCUUAACCGCGCGCGAAUAUCCUGACACUGACAAAUUACGGAGUUUAGAACUUGUUAAUCUUGAUUAUCACCCUCGUCACACACGUACAGACGCACACAAACACGGUGCACCGUCGCUGAUGCGCGCGAUGAAAAAUUGUAGGAACGGCUGUUGUAGGAACGAACGAACGAGCGCGAGGCCGACAAAGUUAAGAAGUAUGUGUAUAUUGCGUGUUUUCGGAAGUUUCCUUUUAAAGCUAACGGUAAACUGCGAACUGCCGGAAUCGCCGAAUUUAAUGCACAGCAUCCGCCGGAAAGUUGGCACAACGCGAGCGAACUUGAGCCGACUCUAUCGCCGAACGGAAAGAAUUAAUUAACUGACUUUAGAAACUUUGGAGAUACAUUUGUUGUCAAGAAUCUCGAGACAAUAAUAAAUUUUAGAUUUUUUAUAUAUCUUUGAACACACAAGCAGUCGCUUCAUUUUCCUCGCGAAUCGUACACGUUCGAACCUUUGACUAAAACUCGUACAAAAAUUAUUAAUUAAAAAAGGUAGAUGCAACGUAAAAUUUUGAUAAUUACAUAUGUAAGAAUAUUUUUUUUAUAUUAAUAUUAUAUUAGAGAAAUCACAUUCGCAAAAUAUCGUAUUCACUGUUACAAAUGAUUACGGAAAUCCUUGAUUUUGUAAAGUUCUUAGUAAAAAAUAUAAAGAAGGAACGAUCUCUUGAUUUAUUCGCAGUAUUCGGAAUGGUAAAAUACAUGUGAUCCGUAAUAGUUCCGUAAUUUCUGUCGGUCGUGGCUCGACUUGAGCGAAUUCAAGCUGCAUCCGAAUGUACAAGCGACACACGCACGCACAGAAUAAUCUUGUAUAUUCGGUCUACGUAGCCGGCGCACAUAAUUAAUCGCGAUAAUCCUGCCCUGAUGCAACGCAGCCUAACGAUAUUAUCCUACGUCGUUGCGCCGCUGACCUUGUUUAUAACGUCGAAAUUAGUUAUACCCAACGUUCACGAGAGAGAUCGUGUUUCUGGUUACGAGUUGCAAGGAACAUCUCCCUGUGGAUUUCAGCGUACCGUUGUGCAUAGAACGCGAUGCUCGCGUUUAACCUUGGGGCGUUGUGCUAGGAAUAGGACCAGGUGGUGAAAAUAUUUGAUAUUAAUAAAUGCCAAAUGAAAGUAAAGGGAAAAAUUCGGUCUUACUCGGCGAAACUUUUCGCUAUGCGUGUCAACUCUACCCGCGGUGCUCGACUAUGAUUUUCGCUCUCGUUUUUUCUUCCUCUCGCGCAGCCAGGUUUCUGCUCUUUUCACGUGUAUUUUAGUGGUGAAAUAUCAUGGAAAAUAUGUCGCGCUGGAUUUAUUCGCUGUCGAAGCAGCAGACUGAUGCGAUCAUGACCUAUUGUCCGUUUUUGAUGAUUGCUACUUUUUUGUACGUUUUGCCGAAAAGCAAAAUCCGCUGGAUCGCUUCGAUCUACUAGACUUGUUUUCCAAAAUAAAAGUGGCGGUCAUGUCACUGUGCGCUUGUGCGAUGAUUGAUACUUUUUCGGCGUUUUGCUGAGAAACAAAAUCCGCGAUUUUUAUCGUUUCGAUCUAAUCCGUGUGACUAGACAUCAAAAAUGGAAUGGGUGAUUUUCGUUUCAAAAGGUUUAUCUUUUGUAAGCUAUUCCCUUUUGGAAUGACCGCUUCAAUUAGGCGAAUGAUCAAAUAGUCCGCGUAUAAUUACCAAAAAGGAAUUUAUGAUCGCAAUAAAUUUUUCUGCCCAUCAACGGGCGCAAAAAAAACGAGAAAAGACGUCAUAUCCGGCGAUCGGCGGUGCUGCGAGUUUAAAUAUUUGUUUCAUUUACCCCUGUCUCCAUUAAUUCAUUAUCCUGCAAUAGGCAUCCCCAAUGGCCAUAUAUCGCACAUUUUCGACGGGAAUAAUCCCUCGUACUGCGAAUGGCACUCAACGAACGCACCAUUCAGCGUCGUUGAAUGAAGAGUUCUCGCUGAUGUGUGAAAAUCCACGCAGCAACUUCUCCCAUAGACUAAGUAAGAGAAUGUUAAUGACUGGACAAUGCUUUAAAAGAGAAUCUCGAUCGCUCGACGUGCGAUUUCAAGUAACUAAACGAUAAUAUCUCUGUAACUACAUUGUCUGAAAUAUUGUUUAAUCAUUAAGCGUAUAAUAAAUGGUUUAAACAAUCAUCUAUCGAUUA